AUGAAAGAACAUUAAGGGUAAUUAGGAGUUGAAUUUCAACCAAUCAAAUAGAAGUACUUCUUACAUGAGAAAGAGCACUCAAGACAAGAUCCAUUUGUAGAGAGUUUGUAGGAGUACUUCUAGAUAUUCCGUAGAAGAAUAAUUUUGCAUAUAUUACUGUGUACAUUGAAAACAUAAUAGCUCAUAGCAUUCUUCUUUCUGGCCCUAAUGAUUCCAUCUAUAGUUCUAUAGGCAGAUUAUAUUGAGUUAGAUGUAUCCCAGAAAGGAGGAAUAUUUACGAUGGAAUAAACAUGGGAUCCUCCAAUUAGUGUGCAAAUGUUUUCCAAAACUGAUAUUCUGUUGCUUGAUGUGUAACUAUCCUUAGAUGGAGAGGAGAUCGAAGAGUUCACUAUUUAUGAGCGUUUGUAUAUCAAUACUCAAUACAACUUGACUAGUAAUACAAACUACAGUUUUACAGUUAGAUUGAUGGCACAGUUCGACUUUGUACCCACUUGUAAUGCUAGUCAUCUCGCUUUUGUACUCUAUCCUUACAUACACUCGCUACAAAAAACUUUGAUCUUUUAUUGUGUUUAGUUUUCUGCUUUUGUUUCAUGUGAAUCAUAACUCAUUUUACUCCAUCAAUUUAUUUCACCAAAUUUAUUAAUUGACAGAUAUUAAAAAGAUCAUCUCGAUCUAUUAAUUGAUUCUCAGAAUCCAUGUCAUAAAUUGAAAGUAUAAAUAAGGAACUGUCUGAAUAUGUGGUUCACAUGA